AUGGAGGGAGAGAUUUCCAACCACUUGAAAACAUUGAAGAAAAAGAACAUUAGGAUCAAUCAACUUAGGAGCAAGAGUGGUGCUGUUUGGGAUGAAGAGAACUUUAUCAUCCAAUAUGAUCAUGAGAUGUACACAAGUCAUUUUAAGGAUGAGAGCGGAAAGCAGAGAAACAAGGGUGAUGAUGAGUACAUAAACAAACCUCUUCCAUACUAUGGCAAUCUAGCUACAAUCUUUGGUGAUAGUGUUGCAACAGGGCAAUUUGUGAAGACCUCAAGUGAACCUCUUGCUGUAGAUGUUGAAGAUGGUACACAAAAGGAUGAGAUGAAUAUUGGGACACCAUCUAGUUCUACUAUUGAUAAAGAUGACACGGCGGCUUCAGGCAAUAGGCCCUCCAAGAGAGCUAAGAAGGAUGACAAUGGAGCUGAUCCUCUGGUUCAAGCCUUUGAUCAUGGUACUCAAACCCUAGCUAGUGCCAUACGAGAUGUAGCAUCAAAGAAAGAUUUGCCACCGGGUUUGUUUGGAGCUGUGGAUAGCCUUCCUGGUUUUGAGCUUGAGCAAAAGGCUAAAUAG